AUAAUGCAACAGUAUUAGCAGACGUAAAAUGUAAUGGUGAAAUUGGAGAUGGUUGCAAAACAAGUGAGCUAAAUGACACAAACAAACAAAAGGGUCCUAAAGCAGGGGACACCCAUAUGCUAGUGAGCAUUCACAAUAAAGUUCAGCUUCAGAUCAACCAUUUUCAGUUCCUUUGCCUCAUGAGAAUUUUAGACUCAUUUACAGCGUUCACAAAACAAUUAGACGAUGACACUGUCCAUAUAACUCAAAAACCUGCCGAGGCACAAAGCAACAUAGUCGCUGUUAUCAUUAGAGAUAUAGAGGUCGCUCUUGUUUGUCCUGCUAUCCCAGAAGGCAGUAGUCUGAAUACGGGUAAACUGUUGAGUGAUGAAGAAUCAGACCUGAUAUCUCCAGUCAGUGAGAUCAAUGACCCACCAGUUGGCUCCCCAGUGUGUAGCGAAAGGGAUGGAGAAGCACCAAUAGAACUGAAUACCAAAAUUAUCCAUGGUUCAGACUCAGCUCUAGGAAGUAGUCUGCAGUCUAACCACCAGGGGGAUGACAUUACAGCGAGUAAGUCGCAACCCGAUUUAGAACUUCCAUCCAUCAUAUCUUCCACCAGCAACUCUUCCACUACCUCCCUUACUAGAGAGCUCUCUACCGGGAACAGCAAAUUCUUCGCUGGAGAUGGAAGUGAGUCGAUGAUGUCCCUUACAGAGGGAGCAGGAAAUAGUAUGUUUUACUCCCACAGAGGGAGUUUCACAAGUAGCACAGGGGGAAGCGAGACUAACUUGAAUGUGUCCCCCCAGGGUAGCACAGUUUUACUCGUAGCCGACAACUCAGAACCAGCGAGCCCUGCAAGAAGUGACCGCAGCCUGAGUAGCCUAAGCACCAGCUCAAGAGAUAGCGUUAAACCUCGAAAUCGGGAGAAAAAAUCCAUAUCAUCUGCAUUUUCCAAUUUCUCCAAAGGAAUGGAGAAAAUGUCAGGUAAACUAAAGCAGAAUUUAAAACGAGGCGACUACCUCGAUGAAGAUGACUUUGAUACGCUUUCGAUGAGAAGUGACAUGUCAGAUGAAGACGAUGAUAACCUCAUGAUGCUAAUGAAUGAUGGUGAGAUGCCUGCGUUUGAGCGAAAGGGAAGCUUCGGUGACUCAGAAACUACCGAAGGAAGUGACCUGAAGGACGCUGAGACAUCCAGUGUUAACACAAUCAGUAGUGAUAAAGCUAGAAAUGUGGUGUCUGUAGUGCUCUUUAAAAUUCACAAUCUGGAAGCUGUAGUCCAGGCUGUAAACCUAAACACCAUUGCCAAGUUGGGCAUCGACCAUCUCUCACCUGAAGAAUUUGGAAAUGUUGAACUGGAGCGGUUUCAGGCAAAGUUCUUAGCAGACCCCAGUGAGAUACGCAUUGUUAACAGUCUAAGUAGUUACAGUAAUUGGUCUAAGGACCAUUGCGAUCUUCCCAUCCUUGAGACGGCACCCGUUAAUCUCCGUUUCUCCAUGGGCCCUGAUGCUGAAUUGUUAGCCCCCACAGCAGGGGAACGUGGGUUCAUCCAUGUGCAAGCAAAUGACCUUGACCUUAACCUAAACAUGUCAAGUGUUACAAGUCUAACUGACUUGAUAGAGGAUGAGAAACUAGCAGAUGCUGUUCCUAUGCUGGUUGAACUUAUUCAGACUGCUGUGCAUUUAAAGGAGGACAAACCACCCACCAACAUAACAUCCCCUGGUGCUAUCCCCUUAGACUUCAAUGUGAGCAAGGCUGUCAUCCGCAGAACACAAGAUGGGGCAUUCCACCUAUUAGGUGAUACACACACAAUUCCUGCAACUAGGAAAGACCUCUCAUUUGAAGAUAGACUCUCCGAUGGUGAUGUUACAGUGGCAACCUUAAAACGAUCCCCAAGCAGGGAAGAUACAUUCUCGGGAUUUGAAGAGACAUUAACUCGCCAGAACUCUGCUACUGAAUCUUCACUGUCACAAUUGACUUCCCAGAAUGAACAAUUGACCAAUCAGCUUGCCUCAUCUAAAGUAAUCCAGCAGAGUAUAGAGCGAGAGAAUGAACUAUUAAGGAAAAGAUUAUGUGAAGCAGAGAGUGAAUGUGUUGAACAAAGUAGUAACUCAUUGAACGAAGAAUGGGGAAUCGUAACAGAACAAGAUGUAAUAAGUGCCAAAAAUCUAGAUACAGCUGACAAAAAUAUAGAAAAAAUUAUCUCUGAAAAUACUGAGCUUAAGAAAAUGUUGGAAAAAUUUACACAAUUAGAUCAAAUCAAGCGACUCAAGGAAUUACAGGGGGAGAAUGCUCAAUUGAAAGAACAGCUGAAAGACUAUGCUAAACUGUCAGAUGAACGAGAUAAACUUUUAGUGGAAGUCACAACAUCUCAUAGUGACGCAGAUGCAUGGAAACAAGAGCGGGAAUCACUCAUGCAAACUUUACGACUCCUACAGGAAGAACUAAUAGCUUCAGAGAAAAUGAGGUUUCCAAAUAGUUGAAAAAUGUAGUAUUCAUAAAUGAGGGGUGGUCAAUAUCUAUGUGAGUCAGUGUCUAAAACAUUUUGAAUGGUCCGUGUACAGUGUAUGAGCAGUUCUGGGAUGUGUUUACAAUGUGUUAUGUAGCUAGCAAUAGAAAUAAUUUAUAUAGAAAGAUGGCGUUGCAAUCAAUCUGUUAAAACAUGAAGCAUAUGAACUACACUUCUGCCAUCUUUAUUUGGGCCUAAAAUCUAUGAUUAAACCAUUGUUCAUUCCUCUCAUGUCACCACAGCGUAUGCUAAAUAGAGUCAGGUAUGAAAUGAGUCAGGCCGAUUUAUGCUUGGUCUACAGAAUUAUAGUACUCAUUCAGUGAUAAGUUAUGAAAUAAUGAUCUAUUUCAACUUACAAAAUGUUUUUACUACAUGUACUAAGUAACCAUAUUUGAGAUUGUUACAACUUGAGAUAUACAGGGUGUCCAUAAAGUCUCUUUAUACUUUACACAGACUUUGUAUUGUAAUUAUAAAGAGACUUUAUA